AUGGCUUAUAACUUACCUCCUCCUCCGUUGUUAAAGACAACUAUAAUUCAAUUGAAUAAGGAAUUGGACAAUGAAAGUUCAAACUAUGAGAUCUUAACGUCCUACGACAACUACAACAAUAAUAAUGGCAAUAGCAAUAGCAGUAGUGGCGAUCAGGCAGGGUCUACGCCUUCCACACCACCAGUGGUAGAACAACAGAAACGUAAGAGAAGAAGAUCCACUGCCAACAUAGAUGAAGAAGAGUUGGCUAAAAGAAAGUCUGAAACAAAGCAGUUACAUUCAAUCAUUGAGAAGCGAAGACGUAUUAAGAUCAAUAGAGAGUUUGAAGCCUUGAAGUAUUUGAUUCCUGCUUGCCGGUCAACGGGAUCCUCUAAUUCUAACAACGCCACUACCCCUGGAGGGAAACAACAGCCGACUAAACUGGCAUCAAACAACUCUAACAAUAAUAAGAUCGAUGGGAUGUACAAACUUACCAUAUUGAAGUCAUCAGUGGAAUACAUACUUUAUCUUCAUCAUAUUCUUCAACAGCAAAAUGCCAUAAUAAGUCAGUUGGAUCCAAAUCACAACUUUGAUGUUCUGUGGGCUCAGAUCCCCUUAGAUGUUAAUCAAUAUCGUAACAUUGAUAAGGAAUUCAACUUUAAUGAAUUGGCUGAAAAUUUUGAACAACAAUUGCUACAAACAAAUCAUGCCGCCCUUCUGCUGCUGCAAAUGCAAAUGCAAAUGCAAGCACAUGCACCACAACCCCUUGGUCAAUCUUCGAUGCCUCAAUUUAACCCCCAACAACCCAAAUAUAGACCACUACCUUUAAAUCAAAUCCAAGAGGAAGACGUCAUUGAAGAACAAGAAGAACAAGUCCUGGACUCUACAGGUAAUCCAAAUGCGAGCAUUCGCAAUUCCCAUUCAGUUUCCAUCUCCAUUGAAUUGGAGCAUAAGUCCAGUGAUUCAAGCGAAUCCACUGCUGUUCCCAGCCACUCAAGAAUGCCAGAUGUUACCCCAACCAAUACAGCCGCCUCCUCCUCCGCAUCAACUGCAGGUGCAGGCACAAUUGCAACUGCAACUGCAACUGCAACUGCAACCUCAGAAUCUUCAGAUCAACAAUUACCAAGCCCCCAAAUCACCCCAGACAUGGGACCAGUAUUCACCCUAUUGAGUAACUUUGAGCACUCCAAAGUCUCUGCUUACGACUCUUCUGUUUCCCCUGUGUUCCAGUUCUCACCCAAAUGUCAGCUAUUAAAGUCAAAUCUGGCAUCCAAGUUUCUGUUACCUGAUCCUGCCUUAACUUCAUAUCCAACCAAUAACCAUAAUAAUAAUAACUCUCUUGUGAGAUCAACAUCAUCCUCGUCUAUGUCUUCUGCGACACCGAUUACCCAAUCUGGAUCGUUCAGUUUACCAUCAUCAACAUCCUCUACACCAUAUCUUUUCCCCAAACGCAAGUACUUCAAGUCUAAGAAUCCCAAUGGGGAAACGCUGAACUUUAUACUCAAGAAUUCAUUCAGCAUUGUUGACGAUGAAGGUGAAUGCUUGCCUGAUAUGGGAACUGAUUCAAAGGAGCAUGAUGCUUCGCAGACGUUGCUUACAUUACGUAAAUCGUCUAUAGACAACUUAUUAAACUAA